AUGUUCGGCUUUCAUUUACAGUAUGAAGGGCCUAGAAUUUUUCGUGAGGCUAAUAAUCUGAAGUCGGCAGUAGAACAGAUUGACAUUUUAAAAAAUAAAAUCCAAAAAGAACUUGACAACAGUCGCUGUAGCGGUCCUUUUACUGAGCCACCAUUCCCUAAUUUACAAGUUUCUCCUUUAGGGUUGGUUCCCAAAAAAGAGCCAAAUGAGUACAGAGUUAUACAUCAUUUAUCCUUUCCGGAGGGUUCUUCAAUUAAUGAUGGUAUUUCUCCGGAAUAUUCUACUGUCAGUUAUCAAACAAUUGAUCAUGCUAUUCAGCUUAUGAAAACAUAUGGGAGAGGGUCGCUAUUAGCUAAGACAGACAUAGAAUCAGCUUUUCGGCUAAUCCCCAUUCAUCCAGAGGAUUAUGAACUGUUAGGUUUUAAGAUAGAGGGUCACUAUUAUUUUGAUCGGGUUCUGCCCAUGGGCUGUUCCAUUUCUUGCAGGUUGUUUGAGGCCUUCAGCUCUGCCAUUCAUUUGAUUUUAGAACACAAGUUUAACGUAGCAGGGGUAGUUCAUGUUUUGGAUGAUUUUCUUUUUGUAGGCCCUCCUAAUACUGAAAAAUGUCUCACGGAUCUAACAACUUUUUUACAAUUUUGUUCUGAUACUGCCAUUCCAAUCAAACAAAGCAAAACAGAGUUCCCCACAACCUGCCUCACUUUUCUAGGUAUUGAGUUGGAUAGCGUUGCUAUGGUUGCUCGACUCCCCAUGGAUAAAUUAGAGAAAAUGCGGGAUUGUGUGAAGUUGUUUUCUAGAUGCCGCAAAGUCACUCUUAAGGAACUCCAGUCACUGAUAGGCUUGCUUAACUUUGCUUGUAGGGUUGUUUUGCCAGGUCGCCCUUUUUUGCGUCGAUUGAUUGAUCUAACUUGUGGCUUAACAAAACCACAUCAUCACAGGAGGCUGAACAAAGAGGCUCGGGCUGAUUUAGCCGCUUGGGGACUAUUUUUGGACUAUUUUAACGGCACAUUCAUGUUUUUAUCUGAUAAGUGGGAAACAUCAGCACAUUUACAGUUUUACACUGUUGCGAGUAAUGUGGGUUUUGCUUGGAUGUAUGGGAAAUGGCCAUCUGAAUGGGAAUCUUUCCACAUAACUGUUAAAGAAUUUUUUGCUGUAGUUCUCGCGUUGGAAAUUUGGGGCCCCUCCCUCUUGAACCGCUGUAUCAUCUUUCAUUGUGAUAAUCAUGCUGUGGUGGACAUUAUCAACAAACAAACCAGUAAAGACAAAAUCCUCAUGAGACUAGUUCGGCGUUUUGUGGUGACAGCAUUAAAACUGAAUAUUUUAUUUACUUCGCAACAUAUACCUGGUAAGUGCAAUACCUUAAGUGACCAUCUGUCUCGUUUACAGGUGGACUCCUUUCGUCAACUGGCCCCACAUAUGGAGGCACACCCAACUUCCAUUCCACCCCAGUUCAUGUACGUUUGA